AUGUCUCCCAGCGCUUCUACAACCUUCAUUGGUGCCAUUGACCAAGGCACCACCAGCACUCGGUUCCUCAUCUUCAACAAGAAUGGCGAGGUUGUAGCGCUGCAUCAGCUCGAGUUCAAGCAGAUCUAUCCUAACCCUGGCUGGCACGAGCACGAUCCCGAGGAGAUCAUCUCUUCCGUCGAACAGUGCAUUGACGGGGCUGUUAAGAAGUUUGAAACUCAGGGACACUCUCGUGAGCAGAUUGUGGCCAUUGGCAUCACCAACCAGCGUGAGACCACCAUAGUCUGGGACAAGACCACCGGAAAGGCUCUGUACAACGGUAUUGUCUGGACCGAUACACGCAACGUUGACAUUGUACGCCGCCUCAAGACCCGCAUUGGCGCAGGAGAGCUCACUGGCCGCUGCGGGCUCCCUUUAUCUACCUACUCAUCAGUCGGCAGACUUCUGUGGCUUCUUGAGAACGUCCCCGAAGUCAAAGACGCGUACGAAAAGGGCAACUUGGCCUUCGGCACCGUCGAUUCUUGGCUGGCGUACAAAUUGAACGGCGGCAUCACUCGUAAUGUCCAUGUAUCCGACCCAUCCAAUGCGUCGCGAACCAUGUUCAUGAACAUCCAUACUCUGGAAUAUGAUGCUGAGCUUAUUGACUGGUUCCGAAUUGACCGUAACAAGGUUGCUCUGCCCAAGAUCGUCCGAUCUGCCGACGCGGAAGCUUAUGGCUCGCUUGCCACCACUAGCCUCAAGGGUGUCAAGAUCAUGGGAUGUCUAGGUGAUCAGUCUGCCGCUUUAGUUGGCCAAAAGGGCUUCAAGCCCGGUCUGGCCAAGAACACAUACGGCACCGGCUGCUUUUUGCUGUAUAAUGUUGGCGAAAAGCCCGUCAUCUCUACCCAUGGACUUCUUUCCACUGUCGCAUUCGACUUUGGCGAGGGUAAGACCAUGUAUGCUCUGGAGGGCAGCAUUGCAGUGGCUGGAUCUAGUGUCAAGUUCCUUGUUGACAACUUUGGUUUCAUUGAGUCGUCCUCCAAGUUGAGCGCUUUAGCCGAGACUGUUGAGGAUAAUGGCGGCUGCACUUUUGUCACUGCCUUCAGCGGCCUCUUCGCUCCUUAUUGGAUUGACGAUGCCAGAGGUACCAUUUUCGGCAUUACCGCUUACACACAGCGUGGUCACAUUGCCCGAGCCACGCUUGAGGCGACCUGUUUCCAGACCAAGGCUAUCCUCGAUGCUAUGGCCAAGGACAGUGGCAAGAAGCUUUCUGAACUUGCCGUAGACGGCGGCAUGUGCAAUGCUGAUCUUAUCAUGCAGACCCAAUCUGAUAUUAUUGGUAUUCCCGUCAACCGACCUGCCAUGCGCGAGACUACUGCCCUUGGUGCUGCCAUCGCCGCUGGCUUUGCCGGUGGUGUCUGGGAGUCCUUUGACGACCUCAAGGACGUCAACACCGAAGGACGGACUGUUUUCAAACCCCAGAUUACUGCUGCGGAUGCCAACAAAAGAUUUGAGCGCUGGGAGAAGGCCGUUCAGAUGAGCAAGGGCUGGUCCACCACUUAG